AUGCCGGAAACUGAAAACAGUGAUCCCACACAUAUCAAAUGUGUACUCUACCACCACACCAUGCUUACGCACCUACUGGUGAACCUUUUAGCGAUAAGCUUCUCCCCUCGGAAAGGCUCAUCCUUGGAUGGCAGAUAUAUUCUGUCCCCAGCCUGUAACCAAAGAAAACAGGUACGGGAAGGGGAUUGCCGUAUGGGUCUUUUCAAUUCAACUCAAGCAUAUGGGUAUUCGGUCACAUUCUGCGUGAUACGUAACACUUCCUUGCCACCAAAGCCCACACACCACCCCGCGCCCGGCCUACCGAGUACCUGCCCGCUGCAGACUCCCUCCAAAGCCCCCAGCCCCGCAGCGUUCCCAGGGGCUCCCGCAGGAGCCUUCUUCCCCUUCUUCCUUGGAGCCCAAACACCCUGCACGCUUCCAGGCCCCCCAGGGCACACACUCCGGGAGGACUCGGUCAGUAGCAGCCAGCUGGAGCAUUGUCCUUUACAGCGCCCGGUCCCUCGGCCCCAGCUCCGCUCUCCUUCCACCACCCUGCCUCGAGGCACGGUCUGCCCAGAAUCUCCCUCCCUCCCGACUCCCCAGCGUGCGGCUGCGGGCGACCAGGCCCCUCCCCGGCCUCGCCCUUCCCUGUCUCGCAGUCCCUCGGAGGCAGCAGCUUGGAGAGAUGCUUCGCGAGACCCGGGCCCGCGACGUCAAGAGAUGUCAGGGAAGCUCCGGAGCCACGACCCCCGCCCGCCCCGCCGCCCUGGGGCCCGGCCCUCGCAGCCAGCCUGGCUUCCCGACCGCCGGGCCCAGACUGAUGGGAGAAGGAGGGCGGGCUCUUCUCCCCUUCCCAUUGCCGCUGCCCCCCGGCCCGACCCUUCCCGUCCUCUCACCAAAAUCCGCGGGGGGACCAGGCCGCGAUCACCCCCUCCCCAGUCCAGCGAUGCUUCCUUCGCCCGCCGCCGCCGCGCUCUCCUCACUCCCCUUCCCACCGCCCCCGACCGGCUGCUGAAGAGCGGACAGGCAGCGACACUCCCAUUGGCUGCAAUCGAGCCUCGCGUCAGCCGGCACCGACCCGGACCGCAGAAUGCUAUUGGCUAG